AUGCAACAGAGAGCACAGCGACCACCAGCCCACAGGAACGUGUUCGGGCCCGCGGCAGGGGGCGGGGUCGCGCCUUCGCCUCAGCUCUGGUUCCAGCCUAGCCUCACCGGCGCCGCGAUGGAAAUCCCGAGGCCGCUCCCGGCUCGCGGGACGCCACAGGGCGGCGGCGGCGGCGUCGGCGGCGGCGGCGGGGGCGGCGGUCCGGGCGGCGGCGGCGGCCGUGGCGGCUGCUGCCCCGCGGGUGGCGGCGGGGUCCACCGCGCCCCGGACUCUCUGGCUCGUCAGGCCCCCGCGCGCUGCCUCCUCCUGCUCCGGGGGACCCAAGAUGGCGGGCCGCGGAGCGCCGAGGCCCACAGGGCCUCACGGGGCCUGGGCCCGAGCCCCAGCCCCGACCGCUCGGCGCCGAGGCCGGAUCACCGGAGCGGCGGCGGCGGCCGUGGUGUCGGCGGCGGCCGUGGUGUCGGCGGCGGCGAGGACUUCUUCCUGUUGCUGCUUGACCCGGUGGGUGGCGAUGUGGAAGCAGCGGGCGCGGAGCAGGCCAGAGGGCCGGGGUGGAGGGAGGAGGCCCGGGCAGGCCCGCGGCCCGAGCGGCGCGACAGCGGGGCGACCCCGGCGGGCCGGCCCGAGCCGGGGCCCCGCCGCCUGCCGGCCGUCGCGGCUCCGUCUCCGCUGCCCGCGGCGGGCCCGAGCCCCGGCCCGGCGGCGGCGGCGGCCUUCGCGGGCACCAUCACUCUGCACAACCAGGACCUGCUGCUGCGCCUGGAGAACGGCGUCCUCACCCUGACCACGCCCCCGCUGCCCGCCUGGGAGCCGGGGGUCGCGCCUUUCCCGGGGCAGCCGCCGCCGGGCGCCCUGGGGGCCCCGCAGGCGGGCCUCCCGCCCGCCGCCGCCGUGGGCGACUGCCCGGAGCUGCCCCCGGACCUCCUGCUGGCGGAGCCGGCGGAGCCCGCGCCCUGCCCAGCGCCUCCGGAGGAGGAGGCCGAGGCCCCGGCCGCCGCCCAGAGCCCCCGCGGGCCUCUGGUCGCGGGCCCGGGCGUGGUGCUGUACCUGUGCCCGGAGGCGCAGUGCGGACAGACCUUCGCCAAGAAGCACCAGCUGAAGGUGCACCUGCUGACGCACAGCAGCAGCCGCGGCCAGCGGCCCUUCAAGUGCCCCCUGAGCGGCUGCGGCUGGACCUUCACCACGUCCUACAAGCUCAAGAGACACCUGCAGUCGCACGACAAGCUGCGGCCGUUCGGCUGCCCCGUGGAGGGCUGCGGCAAGAGCUUCACCACCGUGUACAACCUCAAAGCGCACAUGAAGGGGCACGAGCAGGAGAACUCCUUCAAGUGCGAGGUGUGCGAGGAGAGCUUCCCCACGCAGGCCAAGCUCAGCACCCACCAGCGCAGCCACUUCGAGCCCGAGAGGCCUUACCAGUGCGCCUUUUCUGGCUGCAAGAAGACGUUCAUUACCGUGAGCGCCCUGUUUUCGCACAACCGCGCCCAUUUCAGGGAACAGGAACUCUUCGCCUGCUCCUUCCCUGGCUGCAGCAAGCAGUACGACAAGGCCUGCAGGCUCAAGAUCCACCUGCGGAGCCACACCGGAGAGAGACCUUUCCUCUGUGACUUCGACGGCUGCGGCUGGAACUUCACCAGCAUGUCCAAGCUCUUGAGGCACAAGAGGAAGCACGAGGACGACCGCAGGUUCACCUGCCCCGUGGAGGGCUGUGGGAAGUCCUUCACCAGGGCCGAGCACCUCAAGGGCCACAGCAUCACCCACCUGGGCACGAAGCCUUUCGUGUGCCCCGUGGAGGGCUGCUGCGCCAGGUUCUCUGCUCGGAGCAGCCUCUACAUCCACUCCAAGAAGCACUUGCAGGACGUGGGCACGUGGAAGAGCCGCUGCCCCGUCUCCACCUGUAACAGACUCUUCACCUCCAAGCACAGCAUGAAGACCCACAUGGCCAAGAGGCACAACCUCAGCCAGGACCUCCUGGCCCAGCUAGAAGCUGCGAACUCUCUCACGCCCAGCAGUGAGCUCACCGGCCAGGGGCAGAGCGACCUCGGUGGCGCGGAGCUGGUGUCUCUGUUCUCUGAGGUGCCUGGCCACGGUUCUGCCGCGGUGCUGGACACAGCCUUGGUCAACUCUGGGAUCCUGACCAUCGAUGUGGCCUCCGUGAACUCGACCCUCACGGGGAGCCUCCCUGCCGAUAAUAGCCACGGCCAUAGCCAUUCCUUAGGACAAGCGGUGGACCCGCGCGGCUUGAGGGGGACCCCCGGUGACCUCCCCCAGAGCCUGGAUACCUCUCUCUUCUUCGGGACCUCGGUGGCCGGUUAUCAGCAGGGCCCCUUAGACAUGGAUGACGUCUCCGCCGGGAACGUGGGGCUCUUUGGCUCUCUGGCUCUGAAAAGCUCCAGCCUGGAGCCCCAGGCUUUGACGCCCAGCAAUAAGUUAACCGUGGACACGGAAGCUCUGACUCCCUCCAGCACCCUGUGUGAAAACAGUGUCUCAGAGCUACUGACCCCGGCCAAAGCGGAGUGGAACAUGCACCCCGAAUCGGACUUCUUUGGCCACGAGGAGGAAACCCAGUUCGCCUUCUCCCAUCCAGCAGGAAGCCAUGGUUCUCAGAAAGAAACAGACCUCAUCGCGGUGACUGGCACCCCGUUUUUGGUAUGAGCCCUCGACUCUGCCUGUUUCCUGCCUUGAGGCUCGUUUUCCUUACACUCAGAUUGGAGGGUGUUCUGGACUGAAAGCUUGCGUUGCCUGGGUGCAGUCCUUUCUGGCUGCUUUGCCAAGGAAGGCACCUGUGGACUGCGGUUUUAGAGAUCUGAAUGCUGGUCUGGAGUCUGGAACUGAUGAGUUCUGUGAGCAAGUCCCUUAACCUAGCUGAGCCUUAAUUCAUUAUUUAUAAAAGUAGGCAUUUUGUCUAUGAUUUUCCUAUUUCCUUUACAACUGUAUUUUCAUUCUUUGAUGUAAUUUUAAAGUAUUUUAUAGUAGUUACAUAUGAUUCUAAUGUAAUGAAAAGGGAUUUGAUCCCUUUGAACUUUAAAUGAUCAGAGAUAGGAAAAGUGGUGUUUUAACUUUUAAUAUGAAUCUUACCUCAUUUUUCACACUACUCAUAAUACCAGUAGCCUGUUGUAAUGUCUAAUAUUAUUUGGUUGUUUGUUCUUUUAUCAGUCUUCUUUUGUUGUCUUUCUAUAGGAGGUUUUAAUUUAAAAAAAAAUAUCAGGGCUUUGAUAUAUAACAACCAUUCUAAAAUAUUGCCUAGUUAACAAUGAAAAAGUGUCCUUAUAUUAGUCAUUUAGUCUUGCCGAGCCUUAAUUUGCUAGCUUUACAAUGGUGAUAGAAAUGCACAUUAUUCUCAUGCAUAUUGGAUCUUUUUAUGCUUGGGAUUGUUUCUGACGGGAAAAUAUUAUGUGUUUUGUCUUUUGUGAAUAUUCUUUAGUUUUCUUGCCUCCCUAUUUUCCCUCUCAAAGUCUUACGAAACAAAAGUCAGCAAACAUUUAUAUUGUAGUUUUAAAGCCAAUAUAAGUUUAUGAGCAUUAAGCAUACAUGGGAAUUUAUUCCUCACACAAGUUGUGGAGGAAUUUUUUCUACAAAGUUCUUAUUUAACAUUGUUCAGAAUUCCAUUUGUCCAGUUUACUAAUAUCUACUCUGGAUCAAAGCCAGCUCGUGGCCUGACUCUACUAUUCUAAUAAAAUUUGGAAAUGGACCAGAGGGAAGUGUUCAUUUCUCUAUCCCAGGGACCACAUUGCUAGCCCUCCCUGGAAUAAGAGGUUUGCUGACUAUUUUGAAAUACUGAAGAUCUUAACAUGAGUGCAACAUUUUAUGAUUUAUAUAGAAAUUUCAUAUCAAAUAUAUAUGAGAUCAUCAGUAUCUUGAUGAGAAAGUGUGAAUUUCAACUGAUAUUAAAACUUUUCUGAUAUAAAUGGAUUUCAUUUAGUAAAUAUUAAUUAUCUCUAUAUUUGUAGUUCAAGUCAAAGAAGAAAUAUUUCUACCUUUCUCAUCCUGCUCGUAAUUCCAUGAUAAUUUUAUUUAUGAGCAAUUCUUUUGUUCUGCCUCAGUAUAUACUUGUUCCCUUCUGCUUGUUCUGUCGCUGCCCCCUUGUCUUUGGUAUAUCCACCCUAGUCUGUACUAUGUGUCGACAUUUUUCUCUAUUUAGACACUUCUUUUUGGUCCCCGUUGUGUCACCUGAUCUAAUUUUUAGUCACAAUAAAAUUAUUGUGCACCAAGAAGGUAUUUUCUGGAUCCAGAUUGCUAGUGUGUUUACAGGAGUCAGAUGAUAAUGAGAACUUCUUUUUCUAUAAGAUACGAUGACAAGUAUCUCUUUAAAUUUGUUCACCAUGUUUUGUACUAGAAAAUGGUUGUUUUUAAACACUCAAAUCAAUACUGUUUUGAUGAGGAUACUUGAAAACAAUUUAUAAUACCUUGGCAAUAUAUAAUUUGCCACUUUCAAAUACAUUAUGUACUAUCUUUAUAAUUUUUAAAUUGGUUAAACCUAUUCAGUGAAAAGGUAAAAAGUACACAUUAAUUUGUAAUUCAAAGAAGUAUUCAGAAUUUUAAUGUCUUAAGCAUCAAGGGUAUUAUUCACUUAGCACUUUCAGAAGAUUUUUAAGACUAUUUUAGAAAUGCAUUUCCAUGAGUUAAAACAAACAUUUUAUUUCACAAAGAAUGCAGAGGCUUGAGGUAAACAUACACUUUAUAAGCAUUUAUUAAGAUAUAUAACCAUAAAAAUAUUUUACACUGUCACUUUAUUUCUUUUAAAUUUCUUCCAACUAAAGACUAUAAUAAACUAUUCUUAUCUGUAGUCUAUAGAAUUUCCAAAGGAUGCAUUUUAAUUUCUUGAUGAUUAAAUAAAAAUGUUGUUAUCUUUACAAUUUCUGUCCAUACCAUUGUCCUAGCAUGAUGGUGGAAUGACUGUAAUUACAGUCAGACAUGCGACUAUAAACAUAAUGACUAUACUUCUGUGGUUGAUAUAGAUUUGACAUUUUAAAAAGAUGAAUCAUGAUUUAAUUUUAUCGCCAUUGAUUUUUGUGUUUUCAGUCUUCUUGAUUUAUUAAAAUUUUCCAAUUUAAUUGUGUUAAUAACAGAAUGCCUUAUAGAAAGGUUGUUUUUUAAAGUGCUCUGUUAAACCUAUUGAUCAUAUAAAAUAUGUUAAUCUUGACAUUUUGCCACUUAUUUCAUUAUUAUGUUAAAUAAUUUAAAGUCUUAAGUAGUAUAAAUAAAACUUGUCAGGUCAUCUUUCAGGAAAUGCUUCAUUUUUCCAUCCUGGAAAAGAAAAGGAUUCAGUAUAACAGAAUAUUUAGAAUAUUUGCUCUCUGUUUGGAGUUAUUCAUAAUCCUUUAGUAUUAAGCAAAUCCAUUUGGGGAUUAAAUAAUGCAAAAAUAUAACUUUCGGACCUCAUUUAAAAUAUUUCAUAAUUGAAAUGUAAUACUGGACUAAAUUGUAUAUGUAUAUUGCUUUUUAAAAAUACAGGAAUUUUCCUCCA